GCUCCAGCCCGGGCAGGUGGAGGGGUUCUCAGAGCGGCCGGUAGCGAGAGGCGCCUCCGACAGGGCGAGGCCAAGGGGGGCUGCCUGCCCCGCCCCGGGUGCGCGGCCCAGUUUCAUCAUGACAACAGAGAAGAGUCUAGUGGCUGAGGCUGAGAAUCCUAAGCAGCAGCAAAAAGAGGAGGAGGUAGCUGCUGAAACACAGAAGCAAGAGGCUUCUUUGGGCGAGGCUUCCCAACAGGCAUCUGAGGGGCAUAAUCAAACAAGACAGAAACAGAAGGCAUCCAACGGUGAUACCCCCACACACGAAGACCAGAGCAAGAACAAAGAGCGCUGCACUUCUGAGAGUCGGGGACUGUCACGCUUUUUUUCAUCAUUUCUCAAAAGGCCAAAGUCUCAAGUUUCUGAAGAGGGAAAAGAAGUGGAGACUCCACAAGAGAAAGGUGAAGGAGGUCAGAAAGAAACAGAUCUAGAAUCCAGUCCUGAUGAAGAAAUCCUACUGAAGGCCCCAAUAGCAGCUCCUGAACCUGAACUCAAGACUGAUCCAUCUUUAGAUCUUCAUUCACUAAGCAGCGCAGAAACACAGCCUGCUCAGGAGGACAGGAGAGAAGAUCAAGACCCAGAGAGCAGAGACCUUGAGAUUAAGGAAGGAGACGGAGUGCAGGAAGAGUGUUCCAAGGCAGAGUUGAAAAGAGAGAACCCUGAGACAAAGGCAGACCAAGAAUUAAAAGCCACCCAGAAAUCAGUAAGAAGACACAGAAAUAUGUACUGCAAGGUUUCCUUGCUGGAUGACACUGUUUACGAGUGUGCUUUGGAUAAACAUGCCAAGGGUCAGGAUCUGCUUAGAAAAGUAUGCGAGCACCUCAAUCUUCUGGAAGAAGACUACUUUGGACUGGCCGUAUGGGACACUCCAACUUCCAAGACAUGGUUGGAUUCUGCCAAAGAAAUAAAAAAGCAGGUUCAUGGAGGCCCCUGGAACUUUACAUUCAAUGUAAAGUUUUAUCCACCAGAUCCAGCACAGCUGACAGAGGAUAUAACAAGGUAUUAUUUGUGUCUUCAGCUUAGACAUGACAUUGUUACAGGGCGUCUUCCUUGUUCCUUUGCGACACUGGCCCUGCUGAGUUCUUACACAGUCCAAUCUGAAUUGGGAGAUUAUGACCCAGAGUUACAUAGUGCAGAUUAUGUCAGUGAGUUUAAACUGGCCCCAAACCAGACAAAGGAACUUGAAGAAAAAGUCAUGGAACUACAUAAAACGUACAGAUCCAUGACUCCAGCCCAAGCAGACCUUGAAUUUCUUGAGAAUGCGAAAAAGCUAUCUAUGUAUGGAGUUGACCUUCACCAAGCCAAGGACUUGGAGGGAGUUGACAUCAUUCUGGGAGUCUGUUCCAGUGGCCUUCUCGUCUAUAAAGAUAAACUGAGAAUCAACCGCUUUCCUUGGCCCAAAGUGCUGAAGAUUUCCUACAAACGCAGCAGCUUCUUCAUUAAGAUCCGACCAGGGGAGCACGAACAAUAUGAAAGUACCAUUGGAUUCAAACUACCUAGUUAUCGGGCAGCUAAGAAACUGUGGAAAGUCUGUGUUGAACAUCACACUUUUUUCAGGCUAACUUCCCCUGAAGCACUUCCCAAGAGGAGAUUCCUGGCACUGGGCUCUAAAUUCCGUUAUAGUGGACGGACGCAGGCCCAGACAAGACAAGCUAGUGCCUUGAUUGACAGACCUGCUCCACAGUUUGAACGAACAGCAAGUAAACGGGCAUCUAGAAGCCUUGAUGGAGCUAAACAUGCAUCUCAAAAAAUUGAGGUCAGACCUAUAUUGGAGGAGAAGCAGGAGGAUGUGGUGAUGGUUGAGAUUCCAGAAUCAAAACCUGUGGAACAGUUCGGAGAGAAGCCAGCCAAACAUACUUUUGAAAAUAUUGAGAUGAAACCAAUAGCAGAAGAAGAGGAAGAGGAGAAAGUGGAGGUGUUUAAGGUUACUGUUCCAGAAUCAAAAUUAAUGGAACCGUUUCAAAAACAGCCAGUUAUACAUGUCCUUGAAAAUAUUGAGAUACGCCCAAUAGACAAAGAUGAGGAGGAAGAGAAAGUGAUGAUGAUGAAAGAUCUAGAACUAGAACCCAAAUUUCUGGAACCAGUCCAAAAGGAGUCAGCAGUAACGGUAGUUACACCUGACCGAAGCCCACAGCCCACCUCUGCACCAGCCGUUGCUCAGAGACAUACUGAACCUACCCCACCAACUGCAUCAGAUACCAAGGAAAUAGUAGUAGUCUCUAAAGUGGAGAAGGAAGCUGUGGAAACUGAGGGAAAGCAUGAAGAAAUGCUACCCGAGAAGGUGAAGAUGGAACCAUCUGAAGUGGCCAAGGUGGGGAAAACGCACAGCGAGGUCACAUUGCCUACCACAAAUGGUGACCAGCCCCAGCAGCCUGCAGAAAAAGAGGAAGAGCCGAUCAGAAUGAGGAAGAAAAGAUCAAAGAAACUAGAUGGUGAAAACAUUUAUAUCAGGCAUAGCAAUUUAAUGUUGGAGGAACUAGAUAAAACUCAAGAAGAAAUAAAGAAACAUCAUGCUAACAUCAGUGAGCUGAAGAAGAACUUUAUGGAGUCCGUCCCUGAGUCCCGGCCUAGUGAAUGGGAUAAGCGCCUGUCUACUCACUCCCCCUUCAGAACAUUUAACGUCAAUGGACAGGUCCCCACCGGAGUGGAAGGAGUCAAGAAAGCCACUCUCCUGUCCUCUGAAAGAAGGGUUGGUGGGCCAGAGAGUCUGUGUGACUUUCCCCCCAAAACGGAUGUGGAUGCAGUGACAGAGAGGAAAAGUACUGCCCCUGACUUUGAAUUGGUGGGCCCAGAGCAUUCAGUAGCCUGUAGUGAGAACCAAAUGUCAACUCCACCAGAGUCUUUACAAAGUCAUGACUUUGGCACUUCCUCCCUAAGCAGUGAGGAGGAGUAUAGAGCUCUUGUAUUUCUUGAGAGCAAGGAUGACCUAACAUAUGAAAAGAGUUAUGCAGGUGUGGAAAAGCAGGCAGAUUACUCAGCUGAGCAGUCUGAGGUGGAGACCCCUACAAUCUCUGUUUCACCUCCACUGUACCCCUGUGAGAGAGAGGAGGAGGCAGAGAAUGUUGAAGAAAAUUAUUUUACAAGAGCUCCACUUAGAAAUCUAAACGGAGAGUGUCACAACUCGAAUAUUGAUAAUGGGCUUCCCACGCUCAUUCGCUGUUUUCAGCCACCCCUAGUGAAGACUCAGACAGUUACCCUCUCUGAUGUGUCCAAUGCUGUGAAAAGUGAAAUUCCAACAAACGAAGUUUCCAUUGUUCACACAGAGACCAAGACCAUCACCUACGAAGCUGCACAGACAGAUGAUGGCAAUGGGGACUCAGACCCUGGAGUCCUGCUCACUGCUCAGACCAUCACGUCAGAGACCACCAGUAGUACAACCACCACACAGAUUACAAAGACUGUAAGAGGUGGAAUUUCAGAGACAAGAAUUGAAAAAAGAAUUGUCAUCACAGGAGAUGCAGACAUUGACCACGAUCAGGUUCUAGUGCAGGCCAUCAAAGAAGCAAAAGAGCAGCAUCCGGACAUGUCUGUGACCAAGGUCGUCGUCCACCAGGAGACCGAGCUUGCUGAAGAAUAGCACAGCCAGGAGAUGUUUCUCCCAGACUGAGAGAACUCCAGAAAGGGAGGAGAGAGCGGUAGAGGAAAAACUGCAGAGAAACUACCUGGAGCACAAAGACCACAGAUUUUCAAGAUUUGCUGUCAAUAGCUGAACAUUCAUAUCACUUACUAGGAGUUACGCUUUGACAUUUACUUGGGAUUUUCCAGAAUAUAGUGGAUCCUUGUGAAUAAUUUUAUAUUGUAAAACACAGUAUGCCAUACUUCUCAUUGUACUGAAUGUUUUCUUAAAUAGGUUUUCAGUUUUGCGUUCCCUCAUGCAUAGCCUCCAUAGGCCCUCACAAAAGGGUUGGUUCUUAAGUCUUAUUCCUUCAGAUAUACCGGGGUUAAGCCAUGCUCAUGCGUAUUUUAGAAAUUGCACCUUAGAAUAACAGCUGUUUGAAAACCCUAGUGAUUGAUGGGGCCUUACUUAUUUGUCAGCGUGCGGCAUUUCUACUUGCUUCUUGCGAUUGGCCCUAGAUAUUUCCAGAAAACUCCAAGUCACGCUACCCAGGUGCACAAAACAGAGUUUCUGUACCUUUACUCUGCAUUUCCUUUCUUUUAUGAGUUUUGUUCCUUGAUGUUGUUCGAACAUAGUGGGUAGGGGGGGUUGUGGUGUAAUAUUCACACAUUUCAGUAGUUGGCUAGAUUAAGGAAUACUGGAAGUUGCUUCACAAACUCUCAUACUGUGAAUUCUAGAGCUUUAAGAGAACUGUGACAGGGCACUACCCCUUCCUGCUCCUCAGAGACUGCAUUUCUACUGAAUGCUACCUACCUAUUUUUGCUUUCUAGAUGCCAUUUAAAUAAGUCUAUAGAAGUGUAUGGUUAAGGAGUUUGGGCUCUGAAUGCUAUAUGGUAGGCUAUGCAGCAUUCGCAAUAGUUGAUUUCUCAGUGUCAGACUUUUAUUUGUUUAAUUUUUCAAUAAGUUUGUAAAUCAUGUUUUUUCCAGUACUAUUUAAAGCUAUCCACAAAUCAGGGCGGGAGUGUGUGUGUGUGUGUGUGUAAUCUUAACUUAAUUUAAAAUCAUCUCUUAAACACUCUCACCUUCCUAGAAAUGUAAGCUCAAUUUGGGCUGGCAGUCCAAGACAUUCUCACAGCUGUAGAUUAUAGCAACUAGUGGGAACAAAGUCAAACCGUUUGGAAAGUGCACAUGCUCAGAUCACUGGCAUCUCCCUCUCCACAUAAAUUAAGGUUCUGUAGUACAUUGGCUCCUUCACUGCCAUGCUGCAAUGAAACACCAGAGCUGGCUGCAGUUUUCAGCUUCUGGAUGAUGGUGCAUUCAGGUCUAUAAUGACAGCUACCCAGGUGCUGUUUUAAAACAUCCCAUGUACUUUACCAAAAAAGCACUGAAAGUAUUUUUUCUAGAUACUCCUGUCAUAUCCACUGUAGCAGCUUAUGGCAUACUUAAUAGAAGUUGGGUUUUUUAAAACUGUAAUAAUUUUUUUAAGUAUUUUUAGGGAGAAUGUGUGUGAAUGGAAUUUUCUACCUGGAGAUGAUCCAUAAAUUUGUAAGGUGACCACUGUGGUGUUAAUCAUGACUUUCAAAAUGAGAGCAUAAUGCUUCUGUGGGGGUAGGAUAUACCUCCUUUCAUGUCAGCAGCAGCAGAUCACCACCACCUGUUUGGAGUUAAUGGAAACCUCUUAAUCAUGCCCUGGUUUUUCUUUCCAGCAAUAUUUUAAAGUUUUGUAAUGAAUAGAGUUGCAAGCAAUAUUUUUUUUUAAAGAUAGGGCUUUGAAGUUGUAUCUGGUGUGGCACACCUCUAGCGGUGAGGGAGAACCCUUUGCUGCUAAGCUACAUUCCAGGAUGAGAAGAAACUGGCAGUAAGUGCUUUACUUAAAGUUUGACCAUGUUUAAAAAAAAAAAAAAAAAAAAAAAAAAAAAAGAGGUAGAAGACUGAGCUAGACUCAGUGACUUACUGUUUGGUUGAAAAUUGUCUUUAAAUGGCACUGUCUUUACAAUUACAAUUUCAGCCCACCUUAAAGCAGGGCUGGCUCCAGGGUUUUUACCACCCUAAGUGGCCGAAAAGAAAAGAAGCUGUGAUCGGUGGCUGCUCCACCGCACCACUUUCUUCUUCGGUGGCAGGUCCCUCUCUCCAAGAGGGACUGAGGGACCUGCUGCCGAAGAGCCCGAUAUACUGCCCCUUCCCCUUGGCUGCCCCAAGCACCUGCUUGCUGAGCUGGUGCCUGGAGCCGGCCCUGCCUUAGAAUAAGUUGUUAGUAUUGGCUGGAGACACUGUCUCAAAGGAUUAUGGAGCUGCUUGAAUAGUGGUGCACUUAUCAGCAUCGUGCUUCCUAUGAAGGCAGCUGUUUUGUGGGAAUGCUACUUUAUCUCCUGUAGGCAGACAUUUAAAUGUGCAGUUAGCUAGUGAACUGCAAUUUAGACCUGGUUUCCUGCUCUGGGUGGAACCAUGUGGUCUUUAGACUGGAGCUCCAGGCCCUCUGUUUACCAACCACAAAAAUCUGACAGGCCCAACCAGACUGGACACCUAUGAGGCAGUUUCCUCCCACAAUAAGCUUUCAGUGACACAGUUUUGUCAAAACAAAGCAUUUCACUCAUUCAUCCACCCAGAAGGCACAUAGCGCAGAGGGUUAGUCAGAGGCCUAUCGGCAUGAAUCAGCCUCUCUAACCAGAGCUUUGGCAGGUCAACUUUAUUCCAGCCCCUGCUCCUGAAUCUGAGGAUUAGUUUGCAUCUCCACAGCCCUUUUCAGUCUGCUGCCAAACCUUUCUCUUCCUCCCUGGGACAAAUCCUACAACUGGCAACUAUCUUACUAAGGCUGAGGAGAGGGAUAAAAACAUCGCUGUAGCUUUGCUGGCACCUGCUGGGUACAACUAAUAAUCUGGCAGUUGUGGUUGAGCAUUUGCUGGGAUGUUCCUUAUCCAGGUCAUUGUUUUGCCUUUCCUGUUUGGUUGCUCUAACAUGCUAUUGCAAGCAGUAUGCAGACUAUUCAUAGUUUCCCAGUUCUUCACAGCUGGUUUCAUGGAACUUUUUAAUUUGCCCCUAGCACUUAACAACAUUUGGAGGUUGGGGGGGUUUAGAUAUGCCUCUUUAGUGAAGGAAGUACUAAGAACCUUGACACCCCUGUAAUUUAGUUCACACCCAACCUUGUUCAAUAAAGCCUUGGCAGCACAAAGUUUGAUCUUAUUUAAAAAAAAAAAAAAAAACACUCCUAAGAAAUGGAGAUCUUGACUUGUCUAAGAUCCAGAGGAAUUUCUUGUUGGUGAGAAGUUUUUCCCUUCCCAAACAAUGGUGCACAAGCACUUCCUACAUGUUACAGGCUUCUGCCUUUGCAAGAAAACCCCUUCUUAAAAAGAGACAAGACAUAGAAUAGUGUAACUUUUAGCUAGCUGUGCUGCUCAGAUUCCCUUGAUAGCAUUAAGCGUGCUUGUUUCUUCUGUUUAUCCUCUGAUAUUAUACGUCAGUGCUCUCUUCGUGGGACAAAACACAGUGCAAACCAAACUGGCUUCCGAAGACAGGCAAAACUUCUUAGUUGCCACACCCACGCAAUCCCAGCACCCUUCUGACGGACAAGUUUUUACCAACAGAAGGUUCUCCUCGUCCAGAUCUUGGAGAGGAGUAGAGGUUGCUACUGGAACUGCUCCUACUGAAGCAGUUGAGCUUUUCAUAGAGGGACAGGGAAGAAAUAGUAGCAGUAGGCAGAGUGAAUCUUACUAAAACCUAACUAAAUUAACUUCUGCCUGUGUCCCAUCCCACUUCACCUCUUCCUCCUACAAUGAGUUGAUCAGAUUGAGUUUUAAAAUUUGGUCCACCUUGAACUGUGAAUUUCAUGUCAAUGUAACAUAUGAACAAGGUCUGUAUUUAUAAGAUAUGAAUGUUCUUAGCUAAUCCCAGUCCAGGAGGUAAGCCAGAGACUGGCUUGAUUGUAUAGUAUACACUUUUCAGAAGCUAUUUAUAUAUGAAUGAAUAUAUAGAAAGGAAGGCAGGAGAAGCAAGACCUCUGAUUAAUUAACCUGGAAAGGCAGACUGCAAUCUCCAAACAAUACAGCUGUAUUAAAGGAUGGACUGACUGAGUUCUGAUUUUAGUAAACUGUAGUUUGCUGAUUUCAUACAAUGUACAAUUACCUUAAGAGAUGUUAGUGUCCCAACCAUGGGUUUUUUUACAAGUUUAAUCAGAAUUUAGCUACAAAUAUGAAGGAGCUUUGUACAUUUUUUUAAGACAAUUGUGAAUUGUCUAGAAUAGCUGUUUACAUCUUUUCUUUACAACAAAUAGGAAAUAUCACAACAGACUUAAAAUUGGCAUAUCGUUAUAGAUUGAAUAGUAAAUGACAGGAGCUGUUAUUUUGGACUUUUGUAGUAAUUCAAAGGGAAGGUUGCUGUAGUAUUUAGACAGACCUAAGUGUUCAAUAUUGUUUCUUGUAUUGCAUUUUUCAAUAAAUUUUCAAACUAC